AUGUCACUUCACCAGGCCAUGACAUUGGACGAUCAUAGACAAAGACUGAUAUUCUGUAAUUGGAUUACUCAACAAUUACCUAUUUUCCAUAGAAGUAUCUUGUUUUCUGAUGAGUGCACCUUCAAAAGUGACGGCGAAGUGAACACACAUAAUCUCCGUUAUUGGGCGCAAGAGAAUCCACAUUGGUAUCGAGAAAUCGAUCAUCAACGUAUCUGGAAAGUCAAUGUUUGGUGCAGAAUUGUUGAUACGCAUAUCGUCGGACCAUUUUUCUUUGAAGAAAAUCUAAACCGUUUUCUGAUGGAUGUCCAGCCCACACGUCUGUCAUUGCCCGUCAACAACUGA